ACGCAUUGUCAAAGGAAUACACAGACACACGACAGCCACGUCAUUUUUGCUUUGAAUGAAAUAAGUAUACGCGGCGGAUUCGCAAAAAAAUUGGAUAAUUGUUCAUCAUGAAUAUAUUCCGUUUAUGCGGUGACUUGUCCCAUCUUUUAGCUAUUAUUAUAUUAUUACUCAAAAUCUGGAAAACGAGAUCAUGUGCAGGUAUAUCCGGGAAAUCACAGAUACUAUUUUCAAUAGUUUACACGGCGAGAUAUGUGGAUUUGUUGACUACAUUCAUUUCACCCUAUAACACUAUUAUGAAAGUGUUCUUCAUUGUCGGCUCGUAUGGGACUGUUUAUUUGAUGUAUGUGAAGUUCAAAGCAACAUACGACCACAACCACGACACAUUCAGAAUCGAGUUCCUUCUGAUUCCGUCGGUUGUUCUAGCUUUGUUGAUAAACCAUGAAUUCACUGUUCUGGAGGUUUUAUGGACAUUCUCAAUUUAUUUGGAGGCUGUAGCUAUUCUACCACAACUCUUCCUGGUCUCAAAAACGGGAGAAGCUGAGAGUAUUACAUCUCACUACCUGUUUGCUCUUGGAAUGUACCGAACUCUGUACCUCUUUAAUUGGGUAUACCGUUAUGUGUUUGAGGGUCAUUACGAAAUAAUUGCCAUUGUGGCUGGAAUUGUGCAAACUGUCCUUUAUUGCGAUUUCUUCUACCUCUACAUUACGAAAGUUCUCAAAGGGAAGAAGCUACAGUUGCCGGCUUAGAUGCAAUGGGUAGAUGAUGAUUCAAGAUAUGGAGAUAUUUUAUGUAAGCCAAUAAAUUUACCUAAGAUCUAGUGAAAGUAUAGUUGUGAAGUGUCAUUCACAACACAAUUACUUGUGAUGAAUUAAACUUGUACUAUAUUAAAUUUAGUUCGCUUCUUCAAAAUACAGUGAACUAGCAUUGCAAUUUUCCGAAAUGCCACUUAUUACUUGAUGACAUUUGUGCAGACUUUUUAAUGCUUAAAAUUAUCUCAUUGACCGUUAUUAGAAUAUUUUGUUACGUAAGUACUUGAACAGUCACAUAACUAUAAUUCAUGUUUCUUAUUUAUAGGGCCUUUUUGUUAUUCUGAGUAAUUUUGCAAAGACUGGCCUUUGUCUGAGAGCAAUAAAUGUAGGCCAGCCAUGACAUGAAAGUAUGUAAACUAUGUAUGUUUAUUGUUGGCUAAUUAUUUAUUAAUGUCUUACAUUACAGCCUUAUUUUCUAAUGGAUGUUAUUAAUACAAACCUUUUAAUCCAUCACCAACUGCGAAGUUUAAGAAUCAUACUAUUAAGAAAUGCAAUUUUCUUAAACAUUUAUAAUUAAAUACCACUUGGAAGUUUCUACUUACUGUAAAUGGCUAAUAAACUAAAAUCAAACUUAGUAUUAUGUACCUAUUUAAAUAAACUGCUGUUGUGGGUGACAAGUCGUAAGAACAGUCACACAAUGUAUGGGACGACACCCUAACCCUACACCUUCCAUACAUUGUCACACAACUGUAAAAGCAUUAUUUAACUUAAGUUUUCUUCAUUUAGGUCAAUUAAGGCAUAUGCAGGCUCGGAUUCGUGGUUAAAGGAAUUAAUUUUUCCGUUACUGUUGUUUUAAACUGUUCCAAUGCUCGAUGUAAUGUAAAGCAAGGGAAAAGUUCCUGUUAGAAAUUGGCGAUAUAAUCGUUGACCACACGACUUAAGAGUGCAAUAGUUAUUCAUAAAAUGAGCAUGUGGCGCACACCUUUGUAUAUUAGCAUACUUCUACCCAGUGUAAUAAAUUUUCAAUGAAUAAUUAUUUUUACCAGACCCAGCCGUAUUUGCCGACCAAACACGAGUGUAUUUGUGUGUUACUUAGCAAUGAAAUAUUCAAACUUGUCUAGCAAAUUACUAUUAUAUAAUAUUGAUCAUAACCGCAGAUAACAAUGGAAUUUCAUUGUUGGCAAUUUUUAUCAAAAUUCUAUCAGUAGUCCACUAUUGGUUAUCAUGGAAGAUCAAACAAAGCAUAUUUUUUACAUUUAAUUAAUUAUAAGAACGUAAUGUAAUUGUUUGCAAUAAGAUUCUGGAAUAAAUUAAAAUUUCAAGUGA